AACAGAUAAACAAAAACUGGGAAAAGAAAUUCUAUAUUCUCAGGAAUAGCUUCCAUGUCCUUAAAGAUGAGAUGUUUACUAGGCACACAUUGUUUCGUCAGUUUGCAGUGCUUGCUGAUACAUCCUUCAAUUAUAUUAAAUUAAAACCUUUAUUUGUGCAGUCUAAAAUGAACUUGAUAGCAGGUUCUACAUCUUCUGGAAGUGAUCACACACCUUUGAUCGACAAGGACAUGGAUGUAGUCAGUGAUCAGAUAUUUUUCUCCCCUUUAUCAAAAGGAAGGUUGUCAGAAAUGCUGGAGGAAAAGCCUUUGGAGAAGCCAUCGAUACCCCAGAACACCCCAGUGAAUGAUAUGGAUGCUACUGAGUAA